CCACGCCCAGACCCCCCAUCCGACCCCAUACCCACCAGCACCCCUCCCCAGGAGCCAACAAUUUACAGCUGAGGAAGAACAGCUUCUAUGGUUCGGCCUCGACCUUGAGGGGCGCCGCCGCUGCGCGUGGACACUGUGAUGAACCCGCCCAUCCCAGUACGCAUUACCACCCGGGCCGGCCUGCUACUGCCACACAACGGGAGACCCGUGGGGACUGGGCUAGUGGGGAGCUGCUGCGCCGGGAAAGUCGCCGCCAACAAAGGCAGGAGGACGGCGGCCGCCAAGCUACACAAGAUCAACGACCCCAUCGUGCUGUCCAGUGACGACGAUGAGGAGGAUGAAGCCGACGACGGCAGCACUGGUAGCGUCAACAGGCUGGACAGCGUCUCCCCGCUGCCCGCUGACUCGGCCCACUCCUCGCCAGCGCCCUCCGGAGGCAGGGUCGAGGCGGCAGUGAAGAGUAGCGCAGGAGAGGAGCAGGAGGAGAUCACCUCUGAUUUCUUCUCCGACGUCGACAGCAGAAUCUCGCUACCCAAAAGGAACCGAAUGAAAGAUCAGUUUGGAAACCAAAUACCUGACGACUCUACACCCAGGAAAAAACAGAAGACCUCCCCCUACAAGCUGGACAGCAUCAUCCUGGACUGUAGGAGCGUGAGAGUAGGAACUCUUCGCAGGAUGGUGACCAAACCUGUCAUUUUUACGGGCGAUUACAUUCAACUUGAAACUGAAGUGCUUUGUAUCCCAGGCCCUGAAGUGGAUUCUCUGGAGAAGGUGCGUCUGCAAGCGUCUGGGCUUAUCAGCUGUGAGUGGUGCAGCGUGAGGAAGCUACCCGUGCUCUUCUUCCAGACCACCCAAGAGGAAUGUCUGCGGCUUCGCACCCAGCUCAAGAUGACCCGCGACAAGGGAGGCCUGUGGUACGACUGUGCCAGCAACGACUCUGACGAGAAGUACAUCGUGCUGAUCUUUGAGAACGGGCUGUCGUUGCACGAGCAGAUGAUUCUAGAGGAGAUUCUACAGGAGAUCGGCCGAGUCAACAAACUCAACGAGUUCCCCACUAAACUGCCGUUUGAUGAAGCUAACAUCAGAUUGGUCAACUACAACAAAGCAACAAAAGAGAAGGUAAAGAAUAAUAACAACAACAAUGGCGGUAAAGCCAACAACACACCGCCACCAACAGUGCGGACACGCAUGGCCACACGGCAGCAGACCAGCACCUUCUUCGAUGAGGAAGACGAUGACAUGGCUGAGCUCCAACCCACCUUCACUGGACCAAUCGUAAAGUUGAUGGUGUACCCACCUCCUCCAGCCAAGGGGGGCAUGUCGGUGACUAACGAAGACCUCCACUGCCUUAACGAUGGAGAGUUCCUAAACGACGUCAUCAUAGACUUUUAUUUAAAAUAUUUAGUUUUGGAGAAGUUGAAAAAAGAAGACUCACAAAGGAGUCACGUGUUCAGCUCCUUCUUUUACAAGAGGCUCAACCAAAGAGAGAGGAGAAACAUCCCAGACACCACCAACCUAACGAUCCAGAAGAGGAAGCACAAUCGGGUGAAGACGUGGACCCGACAUGUAGACCUGUUCCAGAAGGACUUCAUCUUUGUUCCCAUUAACGAGUCAGCCCACUGGUACUUGGCAGUGAUCUGCUUCCCAGGCCUUCAGGGCCCUCAGUUUGUGGCCAACCCCCUAUACCAGGCCCCGGAGUCAGCACCAGGGCCAACACAGGCUGCCACUCAGGGCAGCCCCCCUGACCACUGCCGGCCCCUGUCUCCAGAGCCAGACCACUUUGAGCCUCUGUCCCCAGACAGAGAGGAACCCGUGGCCCCCUCAGAGAAGCUGUCCCUCAGUGCCACCGAGGCCUCCUCAGGGGGCCACUCUCACAGCGAGCAGCCAAAGGGUGCCUCCAUCUGUCCCAAUGGGGGCCAAGAGCCUCCUAAGACCUCUGGAGCCAGGGUGAAUGGACAGGUCAGCGCCCAGCCACAGUACACAGAUGGUCUGCACAGAAUCAGUGUGUGUUAUGGAUCAGGAGGUGGCAAUGGUGAUGACACCCAUACCUUUUCAGAUGAUCAAAGCUCCUGCCAGGAUGAGUGCAGUGAGGAUGGUGCACUUGCUGAGGACCCGGUUACCCCUGAGAGCUCAGAGUGUACCUCCAAACCCACCAUCUGUAAACAGCCCUGCAUUCUCAUCAUGGACUCGUUACGUGGCCCUGCCAGAUCUUCAGUCGUUAAAACAUUACGAGAGUACCUGGAGGUGGAGUGGGAGGUGAGGAAAGGAAGUCAGAGGAGUUUUGGGAAGGAUCAGAUGAAGGGCUCCAACCCGCGUGUGCCUCAGCAAGAUAACUUCAGCGACUGUGGAGUCUACAUCCUGCAGUAUGUGGAGAGCUUCUUUGAGAGUCCACUUGCCAGCUUUCAUCUCCCUGUGAACCUGGCGGAAUGGUUCCUGCAGCAACGGAUGAAGACUAAACGCGAGGAGAUCAAGGAGCUCAUUCGAAAGAUCCAAUCCCAACAGAAGAAGGAGGCGGGCCAGGGCUCAGCCAAAGGCUCUCCUGGAGAACAGGAGGUGGGAGGAGAGGAUACAGAGGAAGGUGUAGAGAUACAGAUCCAGAACUUUCCCGUCAGCCCCUGAGGUGCAUUGUCUGGUCUGACACGGCUACCUACCUACUCUCUUUUCCUUUGACAUGACGGUCCUAUCUAUCGGGUGGGGCUCCCGCUGCCUGGCCAAGCCUGGAGGUCGGUCCGUCUGCCUUCCUGCUGCCAGGGCCUGAUUACAUGCUGCUGGAAUACCCCCCCCCCCCCCCCCCAUUAUUUCCUAACUGUCCUAUUCCUUCCAUUUACAACAAAACAAAACAUUUUACAUUUGUAUUGAAUAAAACGUGUACAUAUGCUGGAUGUUUUUGCUGCCUUUGAGAUUUACUGUUUUUGAUGCCGUGCUAUACAUGGAUGAUCAUCAUCCAUAUCUGUUUUCUUCAUAGAUGUUCAUUUUUUUCGGGUGCAGAAUAUACUGUUCCGCUCUUGUAUCAUAUUUUUUAUGCAUCUGACUGAGUUGUGUAGAGAACUUGCUGUUAUUUGUCAUUUAUAGCCAUACCGGUCUGGAAGAAAGUAUCAUUUUCAAAAUCCCAGUACCUCUCUUGAAUUGCUUAGCCAGUGCUUGUUAAAGGCCCAGUGCAGUCAAAAACAUGAUUGUCCUGUGUUUCAUAUAUUUCUCCACACUAGGUUGGACUAAUACUAUAUGAUAAUACUGUAUAAUGCCCUUUUAUUGUAAUAGCUGUUUGAUGGGAUGAAGACAUCACAGCUAGUUUACCAUUUUCCCCUCCCCACUCGGACCCCUCCCAGAUAGUCCUAGCUAAAUUCUUGCCUGAGAAAUUGGUCUUUGCUAAGAAGCUAUUUGUUGCUUUUUGACCAUUUUUUAAAUUGAAAACAAUCACAGUAAGGUACUUACUUGUUUCCCAGAUAUGAUUUGAUAUUGAUAUAAAAAUGGCUGCAUUGAACCUUUUUUAAGUCUCUUUAUGUGAGUGGAUGGAUCUUGAGCAUUAAACACAGAGAUGCAAGAGCA